AUGCACGCCACGCAUUACAUGCAGGCGUCGCGGCAGAAACAUGUCACGAGAAUGCUCUUCAUGAUACCUGUUUAUAGUGUCAGCAAUCUCCUUCCGGUUGUUUACUACAGGAAAAACAUUUAUUUCCUCCUCAUUGGAAAUGCCUACGCCGCGUUUGGGCUCGCGUCCUUCUUCAACUUACUUAGCUCCUAUAUUGCCCCAAAUCUCCACCAACAAAAGGGAUACUUCAGACAUGUGACACCAAGGAAAUGGAACUGGCCUGUAUCCUGGCUACAGAAGUGUACGGGCGGCGCCGAGAAAGGAUUGUUGCGCACCCCGAGCAGCGGUCUAACGUGGUUCAAUAUCAACUUCUUCGGCGUUUUCCAAUACUGUUUUGUCUUGAUGGCCACAUCAAUUGCUGGCGUCAUUGCUCAAAUAUUUGAUCGCUAUUGUAGUGAGGCUCCUAUUCAACCUGCCUUCGCUCAUAUAUGGGCAUUUCGGUCACUGGCCACUGAUGGCUGCAUCCUUGCUGAAUUGUCGCAGAUUCUGGCCUUUAACACCGCCUCCGCUAUCGUUUCUUCCUUCUGCCUUGGACAAUACCAUGAUCAGAUUGUUGGUGAUGUCAACCAAUGGAAGACCAAAUUCCAGUUUUCCUGCAUCAAAAUUGUGCUCUAUCUCUUAACUUAUCAAAAUUUGCUCAUGUCCAUACUCUUGAGCCUAGGCGCCUUCAGGGCGUCGAAGCGCUUUCAAACCCCGGAUCUCCGUGUCUCCCUGCCGGGGACCCUUCUUUGCGCCGAGAUGGCCAUAAUAUCUCUCCUCCAUCUCCGGGCGUACCCGUAUAGGCCUUAUACCAAGGGCGCAAACUGGACAAGGUCAGAUGGUUCGGAGGUGCUCGGUGAGUACAAGGGCGGCGCUUUCGGUCUCCUGGCCUUGGUCGACGUGUUGAACUGGUGGGACAUUGUCAAGGCCAUAUGCCGUGCUGCCAAAUGGAUGGUCGUUGGUCGCAGGUCCCGACAAAGCGACCCCAGCUAUAAUGUCCUCGGGAAAUACACGGGGGAUUCUCAAUUUGGGGACGACCAUCGCCUCCAAAACUUAGGCCCACGAGUAUUGCCUCCCAGGUAUGCAGAGCCUGGCGAUGACGCCCACGUUGUGGAGCAGCAGGUGGACGACCAACGCAGUAACAGUGUGCUUUUAGGACAAGGCAGUUCGUACAUGGCUCGAGGGGAGACUGAAAGCGAUGAUCGCUAUCGUGAUGCCUACGACAUCGGUCUGGUAUCAACACCAUAUCAGGGCUACCGCUAUCCGGAAUAUAUCUAG